AUGUUAGAUGAAUUUUACAUUCCUAAUUAUGUAAGAAAAUGGGACACAAGUGAAUAUGAACGGAUAGCACGUGAACGUAUUGAAAAACUACGAAAACAACAGAAUGAGGAUAGUGAUGAUGACGACGAUGAAUUAGAUGAAAAAGCAAUUAAACGAACUCUUUUACAAGCACGAGAUUAUAAGGUCGAUCUUGAGUCAAGAUUAGGAAAAUCUGUUAUUGUUACAAAAGCGACACCGGCAUCUGAUGCAGGAGGAUAUUACUGUAAUGUUUGUGAUUGUGUUGUUAAAGAUUCAAUCAAUUUCUUAGAUCAUAUCAAUGGAAAAAAACAUCAGCGAAAUAUGGGUAUGUCCAUGAAAGUUGAACGAAGUUCAGUUGAUCAAGUAAGAGAUCGUAUUAAGUUAAAUAAACAAAAACAAGAUCAACAAGAGAAAGAAUAUGAUUUUGAAGAGAGAAUGAAAGAACUCAAAGAAGAAGAAGAAAAACUAAAAGCUUAUCGUCGUGAAAGACGAAAAGAAUCAAAAAAACGAAAAUUUGACGAUGCACAGGGUGAUGAUGAUGAGUCGGAUUUAGCUGCUGUUAUGGGAUUUUCGGGAUUUGGAGGAGCCAAAAAGUGA